AUGGAAUCAAUCGAAAGUUUGAGCAAAAAUAUCGAGACAAAACUCAAACUCAUCAGCUUUACGCAAGAGCAAGCGGAGAAAUCAGUCGGAACAAACAAUGUUUUGGCCAUCAGGCGACAGAUUAAAACCUUAACAACGAAGGUUAGUGAGAUACAUGAAAUCAAAGUUAAAAUUCAAGAGCUAAAACUUGAAAAUGGCGACAACAUAGAAGAUAUACAAACAUGGAACACUGAUUUAGAAAACAAAUUAUUCACUGUUGAAGCACAAAUUGCUGACAUGGACAUGUCCUUAAAAAGGAUCAAUCAGAAGGCGGUCAAAGCCGAGAAGUUUAAAGAGGAAGAAAUGGCUGCACAGUCUCGACAAAGGAAAUUUGAAGAUGAACUAAAGCUCGAAAAAGCUAAGCUAGAACAAAGAAUAAAGUAUGAGAAAAGGCUGGAAGAAAAUCGAAGUGCAUCAAACCCAGACGGAACAAAGGCAACCAAACUACCAAAGCUGGUAAUAUCUAAAUUCAAUGGUAACUACACAGAUUGGACGAGAUUUUGGGAACAAUACGAAGCAAGUAUCGGUGGUACUGACAUUUCGAGUGUGACGAAAUUUUCAUAUCUAAAAGAACUAUUGGAACCCAAAGUAAGAGCAUUAGUUGAUGGAUUACCGCUGACCACAGAGGGGUUUGAGAGAGCAAGAAAUAUUCUGAAAACUAAAUAUGGCAAGGAAAGUAAAAUUGUAAAUGCCUAUGUCAACAACAUCAUGUCACUUGAACCUGUCCAUGGCACAAAUCCAACCAAGGUUUCCAUAUUUUAUGAAAGAUUACUAACAAACGUACAAGCACUAGAAACUUUGGGCCGCGUUGGUGAAGUAAAUGGUUAUGUGCGAAUGACAUUGGAUAAGCUGGAAGGAAUUCGAGGAGAUCUGGUGCGUACAGACGACGACUGGCAAAGCUGGAAGUUUCCUCAGCUCAUCGAAGCGUUGCGAAAGUGGACGGAACGAAAUCCACCAAGAAAUGAGGACAGAAACGAGAGAAAACCAAGGGAUCCUAGAAACCGAAGCUUCCACUCAAGGGACAAAGGCGUACAACCAAGACCCUGUGUUUAUUGCAACAGUACUCAGCAUAAGUCAGUGAAAUGCGACAAAGUUACUACCAAAGCUGAACGAAAGAAAAUUCUAUCAUCAAAGAAACUGUGCUUUAACUGCACAGGCACAAGCCAUAGAGCCUCAGAGUUUCGCUGUCCAUCCUCCUGUCAAAUAUGUCGAAAGAAACACCAUACUUCUAUCUGUGAGGAAAAAACGGAACAAAUGCUAGUGGCCAAUAAUGGUGAUAGUUCAGUUAUAUAUCCUGUCGUUGUAGUCAGGGUAAAUGGGAUACAUUGUUGUGCACUGUUAGAUACAGGAGCGGGCAGUUCUUAUGCAUCAGCCGCCUUAUUGGAACGCAUCAAAACUCGGCCAAUACGAAAGGAAGUCAGUCAAAUCGAGAUGAUGAUGAAGACCACCAGACAAGAAAUAGAAGAACAUCAAGUUAAUGUAACAAGCCUAUCAGGUGAAUUCACUCUGAGAUCUGAGGUAACCAAGGUGAAUUGUGGGGUGUUACUUACCGUGGACAACCUGAAUCAUCCUGAACUGAUAAAGCGGUACGAUCAUCUAAACGGGGUGAACAUGAACGAUACAGAUACUAAAAGGGAACUACCUGUGCACCUGAUCUUAGGAAUUACUGAAUACACCAAGAUUAAAACGAAGAUAAAAAACCUAAACUUGGAGAACCCGAAGAACCCAUUGCAGAGCUGA